CCUCUUUCAGCUUAUCAGUUUGUGAUGUCAGUCUUCUGUUUUCUCCUCCUAUAUGGGCUGACAGUUUAAAACCAUUGUCAGAUCAUCAGACUGUCUGUUUAAUGUUAUUCUUUGCAGACAUUUAUUCACACAUUCAAACAUGGCUCGACUAGAUGUCACCGAAACUUUUCACAGCUUUAUGUUUCCUGGGCACAUGCAUACUCAAGACUCACUGAAUUAUGCGACCAACUUCAAGUUUCAAGAUACAGAUACUGUAAUUGUCACCUACCCAAAAUCAGGAACCACAUGGAUGCAGGAAAUCAUCACUCUAGUUUUGAAUAAAGGGAACCCAACUGUAGCCCAAACUACACCCAACUGGGCCCGUGCACCAUGGCUUGAGCAGUGCUAUGCCACUGAUAUUCUAAAAGCCUCUACCGGGCCUCGUAUUAUUACUACACAUCUGCCUUACCACCUGCUAGCACCGGCCCUGCAACAUUCCAAAGCAAAGGUUAUAUAUGUAGCCAGAAAUCCCAAAGAUGUGUCUGUUUCAUACUAUCACUUCCACAAGAUGGCCAAUUUUCUACCUGACCCAGGAACUUUCUCUGAUUUUCUGAUUGAUUUCCUGAAGGGUGCAGUGCAUUAUGGCUCUUGGUUUGAUCAUGUCAAGGGCUGGACCAGUAACAAAAAAGAUAUUCAGAACUUUCUUUACAUCACGUAUGAGGAAAUGUGUCAGGAUAUUCAAGGGUCUAUUCAGAAGGUGAGCCAUUUCCUGCAGUGUCCUUUAACUGAGGAUGAGCUGAUCCUUAGUCAGAAGCACUGUAGCUUCAAUAGCAUGAAGGAAAAUGCCAUGGUGAACUACACUCUCAUCCCUCAGGAGAUCAUGGACCACAGCAAGGGCAAGUUCAUGAGGAAUGGUAAAAUCGGAGACUGGAAGAAUGUAUUCACUGAGGAGCAGAGUCGUCUUGCUGAUGACGUGUACUCUUCACAGAUGGCAGAUUCCUCACUGCUUUUUAAAUGGGAAUAACCCCAUUAACAUUAACACUCCAAAAUCCCACACAGUCUAGAUGCCCACCGGGACAACACUACAGAAACCAGAUGAGUCCUCUGCCCAAAUGUCACAUUGCCGCAGCCUGUAAUUGAACUGCUGGUUUUGUCUGGCCAGAGAACUGGGCCCCUGACUGAUCAUGGUUUUUCCCAAAGUUUUUUCUCCAUUCUGUAGUUCUGGUUCCUUGCUGCUGUCACCUCUGGCUUACUUUUGGUCACUUAGGCCCAAUCCCAAUUCUACCCCUUAGCCCUUCCCCUUUCCUGUCUUGAUUCUCUUUUGG